AACUCCAGCUUCUAUUAACAUAGGUUCCAGUGGUUGGACGGUUUAGAUUAAUCCAUGUGCGCAGAGCAGCAUAGUUUAGAUUUUCUUAUUGGUCUGGUCGGAUCGUAAAUAUAAUAGCGGGGCGUGGGUAGUUUCUAUCUAGGGUUGACAAUGGAAAUGUUAUAAAGAGAGAUGGAGCCACGUCAAUCUCUGUCUGCUAAUCACUUCUCUGCGUCUACUGCACUUAGGCGACUUCCAGCUUGCUGAAAUGGCGUUACGUGCUCUUCUAGUAGUAGCGGUUUUGCUCAUCUGCGUUUCUGAGGUUCCGUCGAAUGUUGCCAUAGAAGGCGAAACGAACUAUCUUGACCAGGUUGUUUCGAAUGGUGGGAACAGAAGGCUUAUGCAGUUCAUGGAUUGCGAUGGGUUGUGCAAGGUGAGGUGCAGCCUACACUCGAGACCGAACUUGUGCACAAGAGCAUGCGGGACAUGCUGCAGGAGGUGCAAGUGUGUUCCGCCGGGGACUUCCGGAAACAGAGAAAUGUGCGGCACCUGCUACACCGAUAUGAAGACUCACGGCAACAGGACCAAGUGCCCUUAGUAAGCCAGCUCGCAACGACACCACACAACUAGAGAUUAGAGGCUACAGCGACUCUGUUAUACCACUACCAGAGAAGAGUUGAUAAAGCUUCUCGUUUUAAUUUGUCAUCGAUCGGCUUCUGUUUGUGGACUGUGGUUCUUCAAUAUUACUGUAGCUAGAAGGUAGUACUACUAUGGUAGUUGCAGUAGUGUUACUCUUUUACGUCAUGUUUGGGUUGGUAUCCCUGUGAUUUGCUUUAUAUGGACCUAUAUCUGUAAUGUGCUUUAGCUUCGGGGGUGGCUAGUUUUAAUUGAAUUUCGAGUCAUUUGAGUCGUA